AGUACUGUGUAGUAACUAGCUUGCUACCUAGCUAAAAAUGCGUUAUUUGUGGUACAAAUAAGAAUGGUUUUUGGUAAUGUAUUAGCUAUUUUAUUUUUUCAGGUUGACAAGGCAGUGCUAACCAUCAUGAAUGAUGAACAAAUGGCAAAGUAUAUCACUUCAUACGGUGACCGAGUAGCUGUCCUCACCUUCUGUCAACAAACAAAGUGCAGCACAGAUAAAGAGACUCUUCUACAGACAUUAAGAGAUAAAAUAGGAGCACGGAAAAGUAAAUCAAAAACAAAAGGAGCAUUGUGUGGUGCAUCAGGUGUGUUUCAAAAAGAAGGUGAAGGGAUGUCAAGACAAAGAAAUAAUGCAGCAGAAAAGACUACCAGGAAGAUUGAAAUAGGAUGGCUUCAUUUUCACAAUAAGGAAUACCAACAAGUGAGGACCUGCAAUGGCGGGGGAACAAGACAUGCAUUGGUGGAAAAAACAACAGCUCAGCUUUUGGAAAUGGGAAAGAAGCUAUUCUUCCCAAAUGGCCACUCAACAAAAGGGCGAGUUGAAGACUUUACCUUUGAAGUCUGUGAUUUUAAAAGAAACCAGAUCCCUUCAGAUGACACUGUUGGCAGACUUUAUGAACAAACCAAACUGAAGCUGCUUAGAUUUUACAUAUCCACAAAAGAAGAAGCCCACCCAACAGAUCAAUCCCCAUCUGAGGUAAAAACAGUUAGUGAAGAUUCCUUAUCUGUAGAUUCAUCUGUUGACAUCACUGAGGGAGCAGACGCACAUGGAUCUGUUGAUGCAGAUGAAUUGAUUACAGAUCUGCCGGAGCGUGGAUAUUCAUCUGACAGCGACAAUAGCGAUCAGGUUUGUGGCAGUAGGAAAUAUAAAGUAACUUUAAUGACAGGGACAGAUGGAAAGAGAUAGUGCUUGAAUAUUAAACUUCAGGUAAUAACUAAAUAAAAAAAUGAUGUACAUGGAUUUCAUAAAACAGAAAGGUUCCAUUGUGUGCCAUCAGUCACCACAGUUUGUCAGCAACUUUCUACAUAGCUAUAGUUAUGGUAGGCCUAUUUAGCACACACUUUUGUCCAAGGCGUUACCAACAUACCUUCACCUCUGUAUGUUUCAAUUUUACCAGGACUUUGUUGUUGACAUGUGUGGUCAGACGCAUUCCUUUCUUUGUGUUGCAUAUUUUUUUGCAAUUUCAUACUUUUAUUUGUAAUGCUUUGAAACACAUCACUUAUCUUUGAGACUCUGAGGGAAGAUUGAAGAAUAUCUCAAAGUUAUUGUACAGUACCUUUAUGCUUAAUAGGCUAAUGUGUAGUCGUAUGUAUUUUUUUGCACACCAUUUGAUAUUAAUUGUGAAACAUGUUUUUCUCCCUGCCAUUAUUACAAAUUACUGCUGACAACAAAAGUUGUUUUUUGUUGCAUUUCCAGAUACAACCAAGAUCAAAAAAACAAAGAUCAACCUCUGACACUGUGACAGCAGAAGGUCCAAGACAAUCACAUCGCUCCCAUUCAACCCCAACAGACGAGGCAGAUACACUUUUAUGGGAUCCGGAAGAUGAUCUUUGGGGAGCAGGUGGUGAUGAGAUAGUUGUGAUCAAAUGGAAUGACGUCACACAUGAGGAUGUCACUCAGAGUGCGGAGAUGAAUGGAGUACCAAUGCAGGAUUUACAACUCCCCUUGCCCUCUGAUUUUGGCCUGCCUUCGGCACAUGUGUCCAUACACGAGGAUACAGUGCAAACAUCACAGGAUUUGCUUUUAAAUUCGAGCAGCCAACUAUCCCCAUCAACCUCAGCUCACGGCUCAGGAAAUCCAGAGAGCACGCGACGUGCAUCAAUUCACAGGACAAAGGUUGUUGAAGAUCUUUUGGCUGUAUUUAUGGACAGUAGCAUAAUACAUUUGACUCUAAAGAUGGACUUUGUAAAUGAAAAAGCUAUUGAUGAUAAUGGAGUAUCAAGGGAGGUUUACACUGCAUUCUGGGAGCAAUUUCUUGAAACGUGUGAAGGGGAAGCAGAGCGAGUUCCAAGGCUGAGGCCAGAUUUCUGUGAGGCUGAAUGGCAAGCAGUUGGACGGAUCUGGGUGAAAAGAUUACUGGACCAUGGUGUCAUGCCAGUGAGGCUAUCAAAGGCUUUCAUUGUAGCCUGCAUUCAUGGAGUCCACUCCGUUGAUGUAGACAUCCUGAUGACAUCGUUUCUCAACUACCUCUCUCCUGUUGAGAGAUCAGCUGUGGAGAAGGCUCUCCAGGGCACAAUGGAGGAGAGUGAUGAUGAGGACUUGCUCGACCUUUUCACAAGGAUGGGUUCCCAUUUCCUACCUGCAAAGAACAACAUGGAGCCUGCCAUAGAAACAAUGGCUCAUAAAGCCAUUCUCCAAGAGCCAAAGUAUAUCGUCGAUUGCUUCUUGACACCCAUGUCACUUGUACAGUUGCAACUGCCAGACAAGGACAGUGUGUUGUCUCUGUAUGAGAAUAAGAAAGCCACAGGCAGAAGAGUGUCCCAACUGUUUGAAACAACCAACGUGGUGCUGUCUCAGAGAGAACAGACAACUUUCAACCAUCUCCAACGAUAUGUGAAAAAUGCUGACCAAGCCAAAGCUGAAAAAAUCCUGCGUUUCUGCACUGGUUCUUCUGUCAUAUGUGUUGACAGAAUUGGGGUGUGCUUUAAUGCUGAAACUGGGCUCAGCAGAAGGCCUGUUGCUCAUACCUGUGGAGCUACCCUUGAAAUACCGUGUACCUACAGCUCUUUCCCUGAAUUUCGCACGGAAUUUGACAAUAUCCUGUCCAGCAACUACUUUGAAAUGGAUAUUCUUUGAACUUGAGAGCAGUCGUUAUCAGGCCUAAUAGUAACAGUUUGGAAUAUUAUUUUGAUUUGAUAUUUUUGUUGUUUGUUUUGUCAUUGAAACAACUGAUGCACUGAACCGUGUAAUGAGCAGUCUGCAAUUCUAUUUUCUGCUUUAACAAGGAUAUUACCUUUUUUUUUAUACGCUUUGAGAAUGACUGCAGUUUUCAUUUUUGUCAGUUUGAUCCUAACCCAGUUUAGAGGCUGAGAUUAAUAUUGUGUGUUUUUUUUUGCAACUAAGAAAGCUAAACGGUGUUGUCCGUCACUGGUCGAAUUGUUGAUGUUAUGGUGUUAAAGAGUCAGUCCUUUUUGAUAACUCUCGGAAAAACAAUGUUUGAAAUGUAAUGUGGAAAAUAGUUAUGUUAGAUCCUGUUUGCAAAAAGCUGAUGUUGAAAGUGUGAAAUGUGGCCUGAAAAGACUAGCCUCUAAUUACAAGCCCUAAUAUGCACAAUUGGCCGUGAUAUAUACAUGAUAUUACCAACAUAUCACUUUCAUUUACUGCCAACUUACCAUGGUACCGAAUUAUAACUCAAUGCUAUUUUUUUAAGAAACAGAAAUCGUGUGCAUAUGAAGUGACUUAUACAUAAUGUGCAAUGUUUUAUUUCUCAAUUGGUCUUAAUAUAUUGACAAACCAAACUGAUUAGGCACAUUUUAAAUGUAAUCAGGUUGCAGGCCAGGAUUUCACACUAGAUAACAAUACAACAUUAUUAUUAAUAUUUCCACACUGUUAAAAGAUCAGCUUGUGCUGUUAUUUUCUACCCCUUUCUGACAUUAAAGUGCUUGGCAACA